AUCGCAAAUUUGCAAUUAUCAGACUGCAUUUUGAAUUUAAAAAGAAAAAAAUUUCUUUGUUGAGAAAUUUAAUUAAUUUUAAGAACUAAUUUUUAUUAAAUUUUUGCAAAUAAAACGCAUUUAUUCAUUGUCUUCUCCUCAUUUCCAAAAAAAAAAAGGAACUGAAAAAUAAAAAUGAAAAUAUUUAAUAUUGCAUAAAAUCAAAAUUGGGAGUUCAAAAAAAAAGACAAAUUAUUUUAUGACAAUUGCGAUAGAAAAUUUUUGAACUGUACAUGAAAUUAAGUGAUUACCAUAAGGCUACAUAUUUGUUAAAAUAUAUUUAGAUAAAAUAUUUCAUCAGACUUUAAAAAAAAAAACAUAAAAACAAAGAAAAAAUUAAUGAUGUCUAGAAGUCGAUUAAGACGAGGAUGUUAUUUAUCUUUGGCCUGUUCAAUUGGUUCAAUAUCAUUAGCAUGUGGUAGUUUAUUACAAUUACAAUCAUCCUCAGAUAGAAUUUCUAUACAGCGAGGAUUAUUUAUAACAUCGUUAGGAUUCUUGUAUUUCAUAUCACUAACAGAUUUCUUUAACAAAUAUUUGAUUGAAACACCUCAAGGUAUAAUGUUUCGUAGGAAAUAUCGUUUAAUGGUAUCUGAUGCUAUGGACAUUACUAAUAAAAUUGUUUCAGCAAUACAGGCAACAUUUUCAUUUCUAGCUGGUUUAAUUGUUUGCAAAUCAACUUGUAGCAAAUCAUUUUUAUAUGCAUCACAUUGUGUUAUGGAAGCAUAUGCUUGGUUUGGAACAGCAUAUUUUAUGUAUGAUAUUUGGUCAAUGUACAAAGUUCAUAAGCAAAAAUUAACGGACAAAUUAAAAUUAAUGAAUUUAUCAUCACGCACAACAAUAAAAUCACAAAUAACAAAUAAAAAUUCUGAAAUGUCUUCAAGAAAAAUAAAUAAUAUUAAUUAUUUAAAUAAUCAGCACAACAAUGGUCUAUAUGACAAAAGUACAAACGAUUUUAAUUCAAAAGAAUUUUAUGAAGAUUUUGAAUUAAGUGAAGAUAUAAUAGAUUCAAUUCCAAAACGCAAUCAAAUAUCUGAUUUUUUAAAUUAUGUUUUUAAAAAUCCUCUAAUGAUAAUGCAUCAUAUAUUUAUCGGAACUUUUGGAUUUUUAGUCAUUGUGUAUAUCCGUGGUGGAGGUGUUUGCAUUUAUAGUUUUAUAUAUAUGAUGGAAUUUUCUACACCCUUUGUAUCUUUGAGAGGAAUUUUAAGUAAACUUGGAAUGAAAAACUCAAAAUUGUACAUAUUUAAUGGAUUUGCGAUGCUUAUAUCAUUUUUCAUAUGUAGAGUUUUUAUGUGGCCUUACGUUUUUCAUUGGUAUAGUACAGUUGUUAAUAAGUCGAUGUCCGAAGCAAUAAUGGAAUUACCAAGAGGAUGUCAAAUCAGCAUUGCGAUUUUAUUUUUCCCCCAAUUAUAUUGGUUUUAUUUGAUGCUUAAAGGCGCCCUAAAGGUUUUCUUUCCAACUUCCUUGAAAAUUGAAACAAAAUCAAAAAAUAACAAUUUGUCACCAGAGACUCCCGAUAAUCCAUUUUUACCAAAUGAAAAUUUAAUUUCUAGUCAUUUGCGAAAAACAAUAAAAUUGGAAAAGAAUACUACAGAAUAGAUGACUAUUAAGAAAGUAGUGGCUAAGCAUAAAUUUUACAUGCUUAUUUUCAUGAAGUACAAAAUUAUAUAGGCAUAAAAAAAGAAGGAAAUAUAAAGGAAAAUAAAACGAAAUAAAUAAAUAACAUAGGAUGAGUUAAUAACAAAAGGCACACAAAAUUAAUCAUAUAAUCAGAAUAGGAUUAAAUUAUUUAAUUAGCCAAAUAAAAUUUUAAUUGUAUUAUGCAAUAAAUAAGACAACUACAUUAUAUUCAUUUUAGCAAAAACAAAAAGAAAUUAUUGAAAAAAAGACUUAAAAACAUUAAAACUGUUUUAAAUGAAUAUUUAAAAAAGAAAGAUAUGAGAGCGUAAAGUUAUAUCAACAAUAGAUAGGCUAUUUAUUCGAAUAAAUUUUUGCAAAUUUUAUUAAUAUUUUCUUUUCGAUUUUAUUUAAAAAAAAAUUUAUAAAAUUUUCAACACUGAAAUUAGUUGAGUUUGACUAUCUUUUUAAUUAAAAUAUAAACUUACUUACUUUAAUACAAACU